UUUAACCUGCCAGCUAGGUCGACUACUUCACCAGCCCUUCACAGUUCAAGUCUUCAAGACCAGCUUGUUGCUGCAAGUUCCCAACGACGGCAAACGAAUGUUCCAGUGGGUCAUAAAUUGAGUUCAAAGAGAUUUCAAGGCUAGAAACGGAUUUUGAGUGUAAGACAAGCAAGGAAGGAUCAGGUGGUACGAGUUUACUAGAGUUUUUGGAUCUAUUUUGUACCGGAAAUGCAGGGUUCAAUGAUGAGCUUGCAGUCGUUGAUUAAGUUGAUCAAUGGAGGAGAUUCAGAGGUAUUUGACAAGAGCGAAUUACAAUGGAAGAUGGGUUUAAGCGAAUUGGAAGUUGGCAGUAAAGAAAAGAGAGCAGUUCGAGAAUUUGUGUUGUAUCUAAUAUACAGGGACGAAAUUGAUGUUGCUGCCAUGGAUGAUUGAAGUUCAGUUCUGAGAUUAUGAAUGUAUGUGAUUGAAUGUGUGAUGUUCCAUUUCGAAUUGCAGGGAAGGAGUUGUGCAAUUUCCAGGAAACAGAAAGUACAUAACCUUCACCAGUUUACAAGUCGCAUACAAGGUGUUUGCAGAAUAGCCUCAGCGAUCAGUUUUGCCAUCGUCUCUCUGCAGUUCUGCCUUGGUCUUGUGUUGCUGUAUCCAUAGCCCUGAUGGGGUCUUUCCAAGGGUUAAGAAGAGUUUUAGAAGUUGAGAGCAACACGGCAGAAUGGGUAUCAGUUUGCUUCAGUUUUCAAGCCGUGAAGUUAGCAAAACAAGUGGUGUUCUUCUAUUGGAACUAAUGGCUCUCGUGGGUCUUUGACGAGAGUGAGUACAGGGUUUCAAAGAGUUAUAUGUUAAUCCAAGAAGAAAUCAGAGAUUGGAUUGUAUUUGGACUCAACAUAGCAGCGAGAAAGUGGUCAGGAAAAGAGCAGUCGUUAGCCAUGGUUCAUUGGCCGAGUACACGGGUUUGUUAGGCAGCGACUAGGACUUGAUUUAGAAGCUGCGGAGAAUCAGGAAAUUUUCUUUGCGUGGGAUGCAAGUCCGCAGCAAGGGGACAAGGAAGCUAUAAAACAAGAACUAGGGUUACAAAACAGAUAUAUCAUACCCCUCACGACUGCUCGCAACCAACAGAGAGGAGCUCUCUGCUCCUCGCCAAAUCCUUAGAGAAGCAGUACCAUCACCUCCAACUGCAUACAUCGCCAUCCAUCCUUCUUCCAUCAUCACCUGCAUCUCCAUCCAUCUGCAUAUAGCCAUCAGCACCAGCAUCCACUCACUUGCAUAUCUCCUGCAUAACUACCUCACCUGCAUAUCACCAGUACCACCUUUGCAUCUCCACCAGUUCUGCACACACCAUCAGACCACCAUCUCCAGCGCACAGGCAACGAAUUCGAGCAGUACAGGACCAUUAAAAACGUCGCCAGCAGCACUCUCCACUUCACCUCCACCAGCUGUUGUCUUAUCUUCCUCCAACAGUCCAUAUCGCCAUCACUUCACUCUUGAGCAAAGCGCCAGUUGAAGUCCAGUACAAUAUCCACCAGCACUUCAUAGUUCAAGCCAUACAUCCCUGCAGCAGCUUGCAGCAAGAUUUUUCCACCAUCAGCUCUGCAUAAUAUCAUCACCUGCCAAGUCACAUCCACAAUAUCCAUUCCACCUCAGCUGCUGUUUGGUUUGAUAACUUGGUUUUGAAUUCAUAUUUUCUGUGGUUUCAUCUUUAUCUGCUGUGAACUAUUGCUAUGUGUAGCUUAGCAUCCUUGAUUAGGGACGAUACGACCUCCGAACAUGAACUCCAAUUGAUAUUUAAAAGUGCUUGUUUUCUUGCAAUCUAUUUGUUAUUGCUCAUUCUCUGCAGUGCCAAUAAUGCUUGUGAGUUAUUUGUGAAUCGUUUAAGUUGCAAAUUAAAUUGGUUUAUGGAUGAUUCUAAUGCUAGUUGAAACCUCUUCGACCCGUAAUUGUCUAGAGAGUCUUAAUACAAGUAGUAAUAUAUGGGUAUUGAUGAUGGGAUUUUGUUAAGUAUUCGUAUGUAUUGAAUGACACUAGUAGAUGAGUCGAGCUUAUGUAUUUCUCACUAGGAAUAGCCUAUCUCACAGAAGUUAAUGCACUUGUUUAAGUCACACCUAGAGAGCAUACUUCUAGGAAACUUGAUGGGUAGAAUCUAGUAGUCGAGCGUUUCCGUGUCCCGUGAAAUUAGGAAAUUGCGGGAUAUUUAAGCGUACCAGAUAUUCUAGGGUUAUUAGUAAUAGGUACUUUGCAGAAUCACAGCUUUAUUGAUAAGAUUCUUGUUUUGUGACCGAGAAAGAAUCCUUGAUCAUCAUCAUCCUCAUAUUUGCAUUAUUCUUAUUCAGAAAUUGAAUUGGCAACUUAGACUCAACUUUUCCUUAGGAACGAACCUGCUUGUCCAUAUACUACUUGUUAGUUUAAAGAGAAGUAAGGAAUUUAUUUUUGCGAGUUCGACACCUCGUCAAAAUUGGCGCCGCUGUCGGGGAGCAAUCGGUAUUUUGAGUUGUUAUUUACUUUUCUGAUUUUGCAUUUAGUUUUUAUUCUUAUCUUUUACUAAUUUAUCUUUUUAGAAUAUAUUUUUCAGGUACAAACCAUUCAAUAUUUCUGCGUGUGCACAUUUGGGAACAAUUGUUGGAAGAAGAGGGAGCAACGGAAGAUACUCUUCAAGCAAUUUCUAGGGCCAUACAUAUGGAGGUUAACCGCCAUGUUGAUAAUGGAGAAGAGCCCCAAGAAGAAGAUUCCGAGGAUGAUGAACCUUUGGAAAAUAUUGAUAAUGACGGUGCUACUAGCUCAACUCAUGAUCAUAAUGAUCAUUCUCCUAAUCAAAAGGAAGAAGUUGAGUCUAGAAACACUACCAUUAUUGAUGGUAAGACUUAUGUUGUGUAUGAGAGCGAUGAUGAUUAUGACUUUUUUGUGCAUCAUGCCCCAAAUUCGGAGAUAGUGGAUACUUUGAAUGAGAAGUCAACUUGUGAAGAACGUAAGGAUUACGAUAAUUUGCUUAUGGAAGAUUCUGAUUUCUUUUCCGAUGAGGAGGACUUGGUUGUAGAAGAAACCAAUGAAUGUCUUGACAAGAGUUCGAGUGAGAAUAAUGAUACUUGUGAUGUGAGAAUGGAAGUGUCCAGUAGUACCGAGGAUCCGGUAAUACAUGAGGUUUUGCAAGGUUUGUGUAACCCUUUAUGUGAAUCUCUAUCUAAUGAUGAUCCUCCCAAAUUAGUAGUAGUUUCCCAAAGAGUUAUUAAUCCAUCUUUUAGGAAGAUACCUCAUUUGGGGCUGGAAUUAUGUGCUUCAAAAUUUUUAUCUGAAUUUCUUGGUUCUAAGUAUCCACCAUAUGUGUUUGAGUCUAACACCAUGCAGGUUUGUAAAGAGAAGCCGAUUGAAGUUCCUUCCACUUAUGUUUUGUAUAUACUUCCGAGUGUAGAAAGAACUAAGUGUGGGGGUGACUCUCGUGGAUGAUAGUUUCAUUUUCCCCACCAUUAGCUAACAUUCUUGUGAAGCUUUUGCAAUAUAUGCAGAUUGUUUUGUGGGUGGAUCCUCAAAUUUUCAGAUUGUUGAUAUAUGGGGAGUCUAUUUUGAAUGUUACUCGUAUGCGUCAAUCAGGUGAACAAUUCCAAUUCUUACUUCCUUGUCUUUUACAAGUAUUCCUCUUAUUCUUUUUGCAAUGGUUUGAAACAUUGAGGACAAUAUUUGAUUUAAGUGUGGGGGUAGGGUUCCAUAAAGAUAAAAAUUGACGUAUACAAAACUUUAACUUUUAGAGAUUUUUGAACAUUUAGAAUGAACACUAGCCUUUCUAAGUAGAUGACAUUUUUUCUUCACAAUGAGGUAUAUUUUAGCUGAGUCGGGAUUAGAUGACAACUAAAUAGCUAGUUUAGUGUUUAUCCUCUAUUGUUCAGAAGUAGCUACGAGUUAGAGUCUCUAUUUUAUAGUAUGUAAUUUGUAUAUAAUUUGUAGAUUUUGAUGCCUCUAGUUAAAAAAAAUAAUAAUAAUUAUAAACUUCGAAAUCUAGAAACUUGUGCCUUUAGGAUGACACUACCAAUUUUAAUGGAUGGAACCAUCUUGGUUGCAGGAGUUGAGGAACCCACUAACUAAAAGGACAGAGCUCAAGUGUUAUAACAUGAUAGUUGUUACCAUAUCUCGGAAUAUCACCAUAUCACCUUAUGUUUUUAUUUUUGCAAUAUUUUCUUGUUUCUCUAAGUGAUUUGGUGGGUCACCAACAUCGAA